AUGGACUCUGGCGGGUUUUUCGUUUCCUUGCUGAGCGGAGCGGCGGCGGGCACGUCGACAGAUCUGGUGUUCUUCCCGAUUGACACUCUGAAAACUAGGUUGCAGGCAAAAGGGGGUUUCUUUGCCAAUGGUGGAUAUCGGGGCGUGUAUCGAGGACUGGGAAGUACAGUUGUUGCAUCUGCGCCCGGAGCUUCAUUGUUCUUUGUGAGUUACGAUUAUAUGAAGGCGACUUUGAAGCCUAAAUUCCAGCGACUCAUGCCCAAUGCGUCGGAUCAGUUCAUUGACACGACGGUGCAGAUGGUGUCAUCGACGGUCGGAGAGAUCUCUGCCUGCAUGGUUCGCGUGCCCUCGGAGGUCAUCAAGCAACGGACCCAGACGCACUCGAGUCAUUCUUCGUGGGAAACCCUCAAGGUUAUACUGAAGAAUGAGAACGGGGAAGGGAUCCGCAGAAACCUAUAUCGUGGCUGGUCGACGACAAUUAUGCGAGAGAUACCUUUCACUUGCAUACAGUUCCCGUUGUAUGAGUUUCUGAAGAAGAAGUUGGCGCAAUUCCAGGGCGUCGAUCGGGUGGCUCCAUGGAAUGGAGCGGUAUGUGGAUCGAUCGCUGGCGGCAUCGCUGCAGCGGCUACGACUCCCCUCGAUGUGCUUAAGACCAGAUUAAUGUUGAGUCACCAAUCGGUCCCGUUGUGGCAGUUGACUCGAAGCAUCUACAGUGAGGGGGGACUCAAGGUGUUUCUGAGCGGUAUUGGUCCAAGAACUAUGUGGAUAAGUGCCGGCGGGGCUGUCUUUCUCGGCAUGUAUGAGACUGUACACGCUUUGCUGACUUAUCAGCGCGGCCAUCAGAAUGAUAGACUCAUGUAA